AUGUCUGAUUUGCAGACACAUCGCUACGACUUGAGCGUCACCACCCUCCCCCGAACCAGAUCUCGUCUGAGCACCACUUUUGUCUCUACUGCCGCCCACUCCCCCUCUCUGUCCCGAUCCGCCGCCUUGAAGGGCACAAAGAAAUCUCGUGUUCAAGCCCGCAAGCUUCAGAAGCCUACAAUCGAAACGAGCAAACCCAAGUCAUGGUUCUUCGAUAUUUUUGAGGAGACGGCGGAAGUGCAGGACUACCGCAUGAAUGAAUGGACAAUGACACAGAGCGCGACGGGGCUGGAUAUUAGUGAUGAUGAGAGCAAGAGUCUGCACAAGAAGUCGUCUGCGGAUAGAGGCAAAGAGAACAUUCAUCCCAACGAGGUAACUGCACCUAUGAAGAGAUCUUUGACUGCUGCCGCCAACGCCGGCGCCGUCACCGAAAAGACCUACGAGAGAGACGUCAAGAUGGAUGGCGCAGCGAGGAGCCCACUUGCAGAUCUGAAUCCAGCGAAAUUCUAUGAUGAGAACCUUGAUGCCACCAGUGUGGUUCUCGUGCAAUACCGCGACUGGGAGGCAGAAACCGACGUGGAAGGCGAGGAGACUAAACAGCGCCAUGACUUUACUUUCCAGCCACCUACCAACAGCACUUCGUUGUCGUCAACAGCAAAGGUCAUCGAAGAACUAAACACACCAAGCCUUGCUGAGAUACGGAGUUCUGCCACACCCAACCCACUGGGUGACGCACUACUUGACAAGGUUGAAGCCGCUGGCUAUCCAUUCACUGACUCGCACUCUGCCCAUGCAGACGCCGAUGGUGACAUCGACAUCCGGGAAAGCGAGAGUGCAAAGGAUGAGAAUGAGAAGGCCGAUCUUCAGCUCGAGAAUGUUGUCGACGUAGGCAGUAUAUGCCCUUCUGUUGGCGAUCAAAGCGUGUUUGCGCUGCAGGAGCUGUGA